AAAGACGGGCCUUUCCGUCGUUCCGGAAAUUAACGUUUGUCGCUGAUUGGUCAGGUUAUCAGAGCGGGCGUGGCCACACACGGAAGCGACCAUGGAGGAACCUGAAUGCGACUUCGACGAGACGACCAAGGCAGGAUUCGUCCGUGUUCGGAUGAGGAUCCCAGGCAUCAAGCCAGGAAAAGGAUCCAAACCAGAGAAGGGGAAUGCAGAGUUUGAGGGACCUUUCUAUGGCAGUGAGAACCUAUCCAUCACCUUGAAGAUCCUGGAUAAGGGUGGGCUGGAUGACCACAACUACCAAUAUCACGUCAAUCAUCUCCCAGGUGCCAUCAACCCUGAAAAGACCAAAUUGAAGGUGGAGAAGGGCUGGGUCAUUAUGUUUCUGAAGAAGAACAACAAGGACAAGUCCUGGGAGUCAAACUUCAGAAACGGCACCCUGGAGACAGAGUAGCAUACAGCGUGGGGGGCACCACUGCUCAGUGAGCACCAGUGGGUAUCUAGGUCCUCGCACAAGAACAUGUUUCAUAACUUGUUAAAGAGUCAAAUCUUAUUGCUUUGCUGCUGUUUUAACAGUAUUAAUUCAUCAUGGUAGAUUUGCAUUCUGUAGGCUAUCUGUGUUCUGGUUUAUGCUUCAUAUUCAAGAAUCUCACACACUAUGACUUGGAGCCUAAGAUGUAUUUACUACAUUUGAUUUUACAUUGAGGAAGUAAUUAUACGCGAUCACUCCACAUGACAUGCUCUGACACAGGAACAGUGACCCAUUGUACACAGAGGUGGGUGGGUAGGGUGGGUUGUGUGAAGGACAGCAGAAUCUUGAACAUGUAAUGAAGGUCAUCUUCAAGGGCAAGGCUGAAAAUGAUUUUUUAUGGGUGAACAAAAACAAAAUUGUUUUUGAGUUCUUACUUUACAUGCCCCCAAAGCAACAUUUUCCAGUGUUAGCAUCGUGGUAUGAUGCCAUGUUUAGUAAGGCUCUGAUGCUGUGUCUCCCUGUGAAAUACAACAUGCAGAGCUUGUACUGGUAAUGGUUGAGUUGGAACCAUGUUGUGUACAGCUGCUGCUGCUGCUGCUGUGAAAACGCUCCUGGACUGUCAGACUUCAGCUGAUGUUGAGGGAGGGUCCACAUGGUACAUAUGCUGAUGCCGUGAUGUAGAUACUACUUUAUAUCCUGUACCUCAUGAGGCUUGAGAGGUCGUCAGUGACCAGGAAGCUUCAUUCAUGCUGAGCAGAGUAGUGUCCCUUUAGCAGCAAGACUUGUACACGAGACCGGACCUAUCCCGCACCUAUUCUGAUCCAUCAGCUCUGUUCCUGUGGUGAUCAUUGCCAACCGGCAUCAGUUUUGUCUUUCUUUCCACAAAGCUGAUGUGAGGCUUGGGAAUCCUGAAAGAGUUGAAGCUCAGGCUGGUUCAGUUUCAAUCAGUAAUCCAACUACCAGAAACAUUUUGGUCAUAUUGUCACGUGUGGAAUGAUGUUCGGUUUUAUCUUGCAGUGAAUGUUUAUUUGGCAGACAUUUUAUUCUAUCUGUUGUAUGUUUCUGAACAGUACUAAGCUGUACCAUAUAUCCUGUUACUUUAUACAGACUGUUGCCUGAUCAUGUUAAUUACCCUCUCGAUCAAUUGUAGUUCCAUCAGAUCAUGUGAUAUGUUUUUACUGUGGUAACCCAUGUUGUUUAUGUUUUAAAUGUAAACACAGCAAUAUCAGUGUAUGGUCUGUGAGUUUAAUAGUAUUUGAUGACUGUUUAUGUUGUAAUACUUUAUGGGAACAUGCUAGACAGAUCAUAUUAAUUUAAUAUUUUUUUAAAAACUGUAAAAUAUGCAUUAUGAUAAUAUAGAAACUGGACAUUCCUCACAGAGAAUGUUUUGUUCUGAAGAUUUCUUAAGUUAUCCUUACAGGAAUUUGUAAACAGUCUCCAACAGGUGUUGAUCCACUGACCAACUGAACAAAGCUGUAUAUGUUGUAGGUAAGAUCCAAGUGAAUGUCCUACUGCAGACAUGUGUCCAUCGGAUACCAUGUUCAGUCAACUGUUGACCUGUAGGUUACUCAGAUACUAGUACUUAUCUUGUCAUAUUUCUCAAUAAACAUAAUUACUGCUU